UGAUGCCACUCGGCGGGGUGCGGGCACCCAGCGCUGAGGGCCACCCCAGGCAGGACUUGCCUCUUCAGCCUGGGCCCUGAAGUUUGAUAAUGAAGAUAUCGCCAAAGGUUAGAAACAAAAUCACCUAGAGGAAGUGCUGGUAGUAUGGCGUGUGGAAGUGCACAAAUCUCUAGAGCAGACAGCUUUAUUUUAGGGACUAUCCAGAUUAUGCUUGGCAUCUUUAAUGUUUUAAUGUGGUAUUUCCUGUUGGUUUUAUAUAUGGGACAAAUUAAAGGAGUCUUUGGGAAAUACGAACCUUUAACGUACAAAACAGGAUGCACACUGUGGGGAGCGAAACUGGGGAGGGAAGUUUCGCAUGUGUUACUGAUCGUCUACCACCUGGAAGUUUCCAUUGACCUUACGCAUGCGAACUUCAUGUGUGGCAGUUUGAGACAAAGACAUGGCAGUGUUUCCGUGCCUGCUACAGAGGAGGCUGAAAGUGCUUUGUGA